GCCGGCAGUGAAUUAUGUCAUUGGUAUCGGAAUACAUCUAUAUAUGAAAUAUAUACGAAAAUUUAUCCAGAGCUGACGGUCUUUAUUUUUAUCUCGUCAUUGUUUAUAGUCGUUGAUUAAUCACUGCACGAGUCACGCGUGUCAUUUGAUGUUAUUCUCUAGCUUUACCUUGUUUAGCACAAGUGUCGUAAUGAUGAGACUUGUAAUGAAAAGCUGUAGACGCUAAACUUAACCUUUAUUGCCAAAAACUACUGGUUAAUAAGAGAAGUAUAACAUUAUGGACUUGGAGUUUGAUGAAAUAUCAGAUAUAAUAAAAGUUAGAAGCUAUGAGGAAAUUUUAGGGCAAAAGCAAGAUGAAGAAGGAUUUGAAACUGCAACUACAACUGAACAAAAUCGUAUUGAAAGCGAUGUGCUUACAUUAUAUCAAUUAUGUAAAGAACCAACUUUAAUUAAACAAAGGCAUAUUAGUUUCUUAAAGAGAUCAAUCAAUAAUUUAAGUGAAGCUUAUGAGUGUUUGGACAGCAGUAAACCUUGGCUGUGUUACUGGAUAUUACACUCACUUGAAAUAUUAGGAGAACGUCUGGAGGAUGCAGAAUAUUCCAAGAUAGCAGGUUUUCUAGCUAAGUGUCAAUCACCAGAAGGUGGUUUUGGAGGUGGCCCAGGACAGUAUCCUCAUUUAGCCUCUACAUACGCUGCUGUAAAUGCAUUGUGCACUAUUGGUACGCAAGAGGCAUACAAUGUGAUAGAUAGAAAGAGCUUGCGGCAGUUUCUAGUGUCUUUACGAGGGGAAGAUGGUUCUUUCUGCAUGCAUGCUAAUGGGGAAGUAGAUCUGCGAGGAGUGUACUGCGCCCUUGUUGCUGCGAAAUUAACAAACGUGUAUACUCCAGACAUGUUCAAGGACACAGAAGAAUGGAUAGCCAAGUGUCAGACGUGGGAGGGUGGGUUUGGAGGUUGUCCAGGGAUGGAGGCUCACGGUGGAUACGCAUACUGUGGCUUAGCGGCGCUCGUGCUUCUUGGAAAAACACAUAUGUGCCGUUUACCAGCACUCUUGAGAUGGAUAGUGAAUAAACAGAUGCGUCUGGAGGGUGGUUUCCAAGGACGUACUAAUAAAUUAGUGGAUGGUUGUUACUCGUUCUGGCAAGGUGGAGCAUUUCCGUUAAUUCAUGCUAUCUUGUCGAAGGAAGAAAAAAUGUUUAAUUCCAAUUACUGGUUGUUCAAUCAAGAGGCCUUACAAGAGUACAUAUUAGUCUGUUGUCAACACCCACACGGUGGUCUUCUGGAUAAACCGGGAAAAAAUCGAGACAUAUAUCAUACAUGUUAUGCUCUCAGUGGAUUAUCAGUUGCACAAAAUUCCCCACAGCCGUCGAUCGUUGGAUCAAAAGUAACAAAUUCAGUGGCGAUUAUACAUCCUGUCUAUAAUCUGGUAGUCGCCUCGGCUACAAACGCGCUGAAGCACUUCGGUGCCCUACCGAUACCUGAUUUUAAUGCAUCUUAGCUAUUUUAAAAUGUAUUAUAUUUAGGUUUCUUUUUCUAAAAUAUAAAUUUCAAUAUAUUAUAUAAAUUA